AUGUAUCAUAAGGGAGGAUAUAUUGGCCAUUUCUUAUCGAUAGUGCCCCUUUCCCUUAUACAACGAUUGACAGCCUUCUCUUUACAUGUCGAUGUAAUGCGUGAAACAUUCGCUGACCUGUGGUUUCCAUGUCCUGUUGAAGAUUUACGAUACAGUGUGGAAAAUUUAGCUGAAGCCAAUUUUGAGACAUUUAUCCAGAUAUCAUUUUGUACGGCUACGGUUUCAGAAAAAGAUUAUAUCAAUCGAAAUAAAUUAAUGAGAGGAAUGGAAGUAGCACUCAAAGAGGUUGCUGAAAAAGGAGCAAACACAGACUUCGGAUUAGAUUGUGAUGAAGGUUAUGUGGAUAUGACCGUGUUGAAAGGAAGAAUGGAAUAUUCUUUUGCCUUCUUUUACUACAACCCUGACAUGUGCGAGUUGUCAUUGGUUUCGAAAUAA